GUUUUUGAAAGGCUGCAUAUGCUCUUGGAGAGUUGUGUGUCUCCGCCGCAUCCUUCGCCGGCUGCUUCUCCUUCCUCCGCCUCUUCCGCCCCUCCGACGACAUGGGGAUGCAGAGUCUCCUCCUCCUCCUCCUCCUUCCUGCCACAGCGAGACCCCUCUCUGACCCCAGCCCCAUCAUCGGUUCCUGCCUCCAUCCCGGUCUGGUCUCCGUCCCCGGCCAUCCCCAUCUCGAUCGAUACCCAUGGAGGCGCGAGCGGGAGCGCCAGCGCUUCUGCUCCUCCUUAUUCUCUCCGCCUCCUCCGCCGCGUCCGCUGCUAACCCUAUUCCCCGCCGCUCCCUCGCCGGCGACGUCGUCUCCUUCGCUUCUUCCACCGUCAACCCCCGCCUCAAGAGCCUCACCGACGCCUUUGCGCCACAGGUGCGCAGGGAGCUUGGCUACUGCAUCAAGGACACGGAGUGGAAUAGGACCUUCAACUUCUCCUCCAAUCCCGCAUUCCUCGUCGAUUGCAUGAAGGAUGGAGACCUACCUCAACGUGUGUGCACGGCCGCCGAGUUGAAGUUCUACUUCGAGAGCAUCCUCGACAGUGUUGGCAGGAAGAAUUAUGUCAGGCCAAACAGGAACUGCAACCUCACGUCAUGGAUCGACGGCUGUGAGCCUGGUUGGGGUUGCACUGCUGAUGCAGGCCAGGAGGUGGAUUUGCAAGAUGCCACCAACUUCCCUCCCAGGACGGUUGAUUGCCGAGGGUGCUGUCCCGGAUUCUUUUGCCCUCAUGGCCUCACUUGCAUGAUACCUUGCCCUUUGGGAGCUUACUGUCCACAAUCCACUCUAAACAAAACCACUGGAAUCUGUGAUCCAUACAAUUACCAACCACCUCCUGGGAAACCAAAUCAUACUUGUGGUGGUGCUGAUAGAUGGUCAGAUGUCCUUAGUACUGACGAUGUUUUCUGUCCACCUGGUUACUACUGUCCAAGCACUAUAACCAAACUCGAUUGCAGUAGUGGGUUCUAUUGCAGGAAAGGAUCAACUACCCAGACUAAAUGCUUAUCCAAGGGCAGUUGUAAACCAAACUCUGCAACGCAGGACAUUACGAUUUUUGGUGCAUUGCUAGUGGGUGCCCUGAGUUUAGUGUUAUUGGUCAUAUAUAACUUCUCUGGACAACUUCUGACCAACCGGGAGAAAAGGCAAGCGAAAUCUAGGGAGGCUGCUGCAAGACACGCAAGAGAGACUGUACAGGCUCGUGAAAGGUGGAAAUCAGCUAAAGAUGUUGCAAAGAAGCAUGCCAUUGGCCUGCAGUCAUCGCUCUCCCGGACUUUCUCACGCAAGAAGACUCUCAGGACACAUGAACCACCUAAAGGAGGUAGCGGCCUGCAUCCACCUGAAGAACCUGAUGCGAAAGAAUCAGGAGGGAAGAAGAAUGAUAAUCUUACUGACACGAUGCACUCACUUGAAGAGAACCCCGAAAAAGACAAUGUAGAAGCAGGAGAGAAAAGGAGGAAAGGGAGACAUGCGCACACUCAGAGCCAAAUUUUCAAGUAUGCAUAUGGGCAACUUGAAAAGGAAAAGGCAAUGGAGCAGCAGAGUAGUAGUAGUAACCUUACCCUUUCAGGAGUGAUAUCCAUGGCAACUGAUGAAGAUAUCAAGACAAGACCUAGAAUUGAGAUCGCUUUCAAAGACCUUACUCUAACCUUGAAGGGGAGUAAGAAAAAACUCUUAAGGUCUGUAACUGGGAAGCUUAUGCCUGGUCGGGUAGCUGCUGUGAUGGGCCCGUCAGGUGCGGGAAAGACCACAUUCUUGAGUGCUAUUGCAGGCAAGGCAACUGGAUGUGAGACAACCGGUAUGAUACUCAUAAACGGGAAAAUAGAACCUCUCCGGGCAUACAAGAAAAUCAUUGGCUUUGUCCCGCAAGAUGAUAUUGUCCAUGGAAACUUGACUGUUCAAGAGAACCUUUGGUUCAAUGCAAGAUGCAGGCUUUCCGCUGACAUGUCACAAGCUGAUAAAGUUCUUGUUGUGGAAAGAGUCAUCGAGGCCUUGGGGCUGCAAGCAGUUCGUGAUUCCUUGGUUGGAACUGUUGAACAGCGCGGCAUCUCUGGUGGCCAGCGUAAACGAGUAAAUGUUGGCCUAGAGAUGGUCAUGGAACCCUCUGUGUUGAUUUUAGAUGAGCCAACAUCUGGUUUGGACAGUGCUUCAUCCCUGCUUUUACUUCGUGCUCUACGCAGGGAAGCUCUUGAAGGCGUCAACAUCUCUAUGGUGGUUCAUCAACCCAGCUAUACAUUGUACAAGAUGUUUGAUGAUUUGAUACUUCUCGCGAAAGGUGGUUUGACUGUUUACCAUGGGCCUGUGAAGAAAGUGGAGGAGUACUUUCAAGGAUUGGGGAUUGUCGUCCCGGAUCGUGUGAAUCCGCCGGACUACUACAUAGACAUUUUGGAGGGAAUUGUUAAGCCAAACACAAAUGAAGCAGUUAAUGUAAAAGAUCUCCCUCUGCGAUGGAUGCUGCAUAAUGGGUACGAAGUUCCACAAGAUAUGUUGCAGAGUUCUUCUGACGCAGAAUCAUCAUUUAGGGGAUCAGAAGGGAGUCACAGCCCUGAAGCUGACCCCGGAGUGUGGGGUAAUGUCAGGGACAUAGUUGGACAGAAGAAGGAUGAGUUUGAUUACAAUAAAUCUUCUGAAGAUUUAUCUAACCGACACACUCCUGGCAUCCUUAGGCAGUAUAAGUACUACUUGGGAAGAUGUGGCAAGCAGAGGCUUCGUGAAGCUAGAAUACAAGGAGUCGACUAUAUGAUUCUGGGUCUUGCUGGUAUCUGUCUAGGCACACUAGCUAAAGUGAGCGACGAGACAUUUGGAGCACUUGGCUACACAUACACUGUCAUUGCUGUCUCUCUGCUGUGCAAGAUUGGAGCUCUUCGAUCAUUUUCCCUGGAGAAGAUACACUACUGGAGAGAGAGAGCAUCUGGCAUGAGCUCACUGGCAUAUUUCUUGUCCAAAGACACAAUAGAUCACAUCAAUACGAUUAUAAAGCCAAUCGUUUACCUAUCCAUGUUCUACUUCUUUAACAACCCAAGGUCAUCAAUCUGGGAAAACUACAUUGUCCUUGUUGCGCUUGUCUACUGCGUGACGGGAAUCGGCUACACUUUUGCCAUCUUCUUCCAGCCUGGUUCUGCACAACUGUGGUCAGCGCUGCUUCCGGUUGUUCUAACUUUGGUAUCAAGCGAGCAGAAAGGCACCAUAUUUGCCAGUUUAUGCUACACAAAAUGGGCUCUGGAAGCAUUUGUGAUCGCAAAUGCGCAGAGGUAUUCCGGUGUGUGGCUGAUCACUCGAUGUGGUUCGCUGUCGAAGACUGGAUACGACAUUGAUGACAAGCUUCUGUGUAUAAUAAUUCUUGUGGCGAAUGGGAUAGUGUUCCGAUGUAUAGCCUUCUUCUGCAUGGUCAUCUUCCAAAAGCACUGAGUCCUUUCAAUUCUUCCUUUCUUGAUCCAUCCACCCAUCACCCACCCUCUUCCUUAUAUAUCCUGCUCCUGUGUGUUGUAUGUGGGUGUAUGUAACUGACUGACUGAUGGAGUAAGUAGAAAUACAUACAUACAAUUAGUAAUGUACAAGUUAGAUGGAUCGAAUUCCCUCCUUGUGUAGCCGCAGCAGCAGUUAAAGUUUGGUUAACAAGAGAUCUUUUGUUUCAAGAGAACAACUCUAGUAAAUAUGAUUGGAAAUUCUUUUCAAUGCUGCUCAAA